AUGGCAGAAGAUUUAUCGAUCAAUAAAAAUAAGAUAUUUACCCAACGGUACGGCAACAGUAAUAACGAUAUUUGUCGGCUGUGUUUAAAAAAUGAGGCCCACAUGGAACCACUGUUCUACUCCAACUUAUUCCCCAACAUUUUACUCACGAAGAAGAUAUACGAUUGCACCUCAAUACAGAUAAUCUACGAACGUAACUUGCCAAUGUUUGUGUGUAAGCUGUGCGCCAACAAGCUGGACGAGUAUGUGCGAUUUCGCGAUCGUUGCAUAGCAAACGAUGAAUUUUUGCGCAACGCUCUGGCGGCGUUCGAUGCGAACGGUGGGGGUUGCUCGGGCGGGAUAAAAAUGGAACCGGAAGAUACGCCGCCUCCCCCUUCCUUGCCACCGGCUGCUCCGACAACGGCCAAGUUCGCCCAAUGCCUUACGGUGACACCGAUGGAGCUAAACUGUGCCCUUGUUGCGGCUGCCGCUGCUGCCGCUGCCGGUGGUCACCAGAGUGGCAAACGGGAGCCACCGGAUGUUGAGGAAAAUCAUGGACGAUAUGGACACGCGUCCGAUGCUUCACCAUCGCCUGAUCGUUCAAGCUGUGGCGGAAGGAUGACGGCCGACGAGCUGGCCCCGCUCAAGCAAAGGCACGACGAUCACUAUCGGAGUGGCGAAGAGGAUGACCUACCGGCCGAUGAUGGUUACGCCGAGCCCAACCAAACCGAUGCCAAACAGUAUGUGUGUGAGGUGUGUUCGAAAUCGUUCAAAAUACGCCACCAUCUGCUGGUGCACAGGCACACGCACGUGGACAAUCAUGCGGCACCGGGCCACGGUUUGCUGCACGGUGGAACCGACUUUAGCGGCCCGGUGACCGGCAACGGGAAACAGUCGUACAACUGUCCGAAAUGCGCCAAAGUGUUCGUCAACAAGGGCAAUCUGUUGAAUCACCUCGAGACGCACACGAACGAGAAGAGCUACGCGUGUGAUAUCUGCACGAAAACGUUCAAGUACAAUGUGCAGCUGCGGUUGCAUAUGCGCAUCCACACCGGCGAGCGGCCACACAAGUGUGAGAUCUGCAACCGUGGGUUUUCCCAGCUGUCGAACUUGCGAUCGCACCGAAAAACUCACUCCAAAGUAAAACCGUACAAAUGCCAUUUAUGCCUCAAAAGCUUCACCAUGCUGGACAACCUGACCGCGCACAGUGCCAAGUGUCUGAAGGACAAGUUCCGCUGCACGCUCUGUUCGAAAUCGUUCGCCAAAGAGGGCAACCUGCUGUCCCACCUGCAGUCCCACAGCGAUGGGAUCGUGGAGAAGAUGUUCAAGUGCGAAAUGUGUCCGAAAAGCUUCAAAAACAAGGAAGACUGGAAGCGGCACGUACGGGUGCACACCGGUGAAAAGCCGUACACCUGCGACAUCUGCUCGAAAGGCUUUGCCCAGAAGGCGAACCUGCUGUCCCACCGGAAGACACACCUCAAGCCAAACGUUAUUUACAAAUGUGAACGAUGUGCGAGGACGUUUCGUUCGCAGAAGGUGCUCCAAAUGCACGUACCGAAGUGUGUCGGUGUGGCGGCUGACGGAACUAGUGUUCCCUCUGCCCCGGUGACACCGGUAUCCGAAUCGCUUCCGGGCUCGCCGAGUCCUGCUGGUACAGCUGUCACGCUGUCCACCGCGGCGUCCGCUACCGUGGCCGUGACCAACAACACACCAACACUGUCGGAAGCGCUAUCCGAUCUGUUGCGGUACGAGAUAGCACUAAGAGCACCUUUGGAACUGCAGCAAAUGCUGCUCGGACAUAUCGACCGUAAGAAGCCACCGAACGGAACUGGCGGUAAGGCGGCAGGACGACGGUACCGAUGCGAUGUGUGCUUCAAAGGCUAUUCGCAGUAUCCGUCGCUGAUCAAACAUCGGAAGCUACACUUCAAAGUACCUCCACUGGUAAAGGUCCUGGCGGGAAAGGGCCGCCACGCGGACUACGGCGAACCAGACGACCCGGGUGCGGAUUGCGAUGGUGAGCCUGAUGGACUGGGACGCCGGGGAGCGACACCGGAGCUGCACGAUCCGAUCGAGCGGCCGUACAGCUGUGAUAUAUGCGGCGGAAGAUUUGAAGCAGCAUCUGCCCACCCACCCGACCGAUGCCGGCAGGAGCUUCAGCUGCGAGUACUGCGCGAACCGGUUCCGCUCGAACGAGGACCUGAAGCGGCACAGACGAUCGCACACCGGCGAGCGACCCUUCCGGUGCACCCGCUGCCCGAAAGCAUUCACCCAGCAGUCGAACCUGCGGGCCCACACGAGGAUCCACGAGCGCUAGGCAGUGCGCAACAGGUGGUGCCAGCCCGAUCAACAGCUUCCCCGGAUGCCGGGGGCAGAAUGAUGCGACAGCCCGUGCCAUCGGGCGAACCGGCAUGCGUAACAUAA